CGGGCCGGGCCGGUUGCGAGGAUGGAAGAACGUGGUUCCGGCCCUGCAUAGCCUAAGCCUGCAGAAUGCCCCACAAGAUCGGAUUCGUUGUGGUCAGCUCUUCUGGACACGAGGAUGGCUUCAGUGCCCGAGAACUGAUGAUCCACGCACCAACUGUCAGUGGGUGGAGGUCUCCAAGAUUCUGCCAGUUCCCACAAGAAAUUGUUCUUCAGAUGGUAGAGAGGUGUCGAAUAAGAAAGCUGCAGCUGCUUGCACACCAGUACAUGAUCUCAAGCAAAAUCGAGUUCUACAUUAGCGAAAGCUUGCCUGAGUAUUUUGUACCCUACCAAGCAGAACGAUUUCGCAGACUUGGCUACGUCUCCCUCUGUGAUAACCAGAAGACCGGCUGCAAAGCCCGUGAGCUCAAGUCAGUGUAUGUGGACGCUGUUGGGCAGUUUCUCAAGCUGAUAUUCCACCAGAACCAUGUCAACAAGUACAACACCUAUAACCAGGUUGCUUUGGUUGCAGUAAAUAUCAUUGGAGACCCUGCAGACUUUGGUGAUGAAAGCAAUAUUACCUCUAGAGAGAAGUUGAUUGAUCAUUAUCUUGGGCACAACCCGGAGGAUCCAGCCCUAGAGGGGACUUACGCUGGGAGGUCUGACUAUAUCUCUCCACUGGACGACUUGGCUUUUGACAUGUACCAAGACCCCGAGGUCGCACAGAUCAUUCGCAAGUUGGAUGAAAGGAAGCGGGAAGCUGUCCAAAGGGAGCGUUAUGAUCACGCCAAGAAACUGAAGCAGGCUAUCGCUGACCUGCAGAAGGUGGGCGAGCGUCUGGGGCGAUACGAGGUGGAGAAGCGCUGUGCGGUGGAGAAGGAGGACUAUGACCUAGCCAAGGAGAAGAAGCAGCAGAUGGCCUGCUACCGUGCACAGGUGUAUGAGCAGCUGGAGUUGCAUGGCCUCCUGCACGGCGAGCUGGAGAUGAGGAGGCCCCUGGACUUGCCCCUCCAGCCCCUGGAUCAUUUCAGCAGUCCUCACCACCGAAAGCCAGCCCCCUCACUGCCACAGCCAGAAGAGGUGGCCCCCGAAAGCCAGCUUGCCCACCCGCUUCUGCAGGAAAAGCCUUCCUCGAGCCCCCUGGCUCCUCCUCCACGGCACACUGCAGUAGACCAGCUGCUGCCUGCCGCGGGCCCGCCUCCAAGGAGCAACGUGGACACCUUGCCCUACGACGAGCGGCCCCUCCCCGCCCCCCGCAAACAGCAAGCAGAAGUGUUGACAGAACCAGAUGUAGGUGAGGCCGACCUGGGCACCCUGCGAAGAGGAGGUGUGGCCGGGGAGCCCGAGCCCCUGAGCGAGAAGGCCCUGAGGGAAGCCAGCUCCGCGGUGGACGUGUUAGGAGAAACCCUGGUUGCCGGGGCCUAUUCCAAGACCUGGUCCUGCCGAGAGGAUGCGCUGCUUGGUCUGUGCAGGAGGCUGAUGGAGGUGCCUGUGGGAACCCCGAAGGAAGACGUGAAGAGCAUGCUGAGAGCAUCUGUCUUUCUUGUCAGAAGAGCCAUGAAGGACAUUGUGACCUCGGUCUUUCAGGCUUCUUUGAAAUUACUGAAAAUGAUGAUUACACAGUAUAUUCCCAAACAUCAGCUGAGCAAGCUUGAGACCACCCACUGCGUGGAGAGGACCAUUCCUGCCUUGCUUGCCAGGACCGGAGAUUCCUCCACCCGCCUACGCAUCAUGGCUUCAAAUUUUAUUCAGGAAAUGGCCUUGUUUAAGGAGGUGAAGCCUCUCCAGAUCAUCCCAUCCUACUUGGUGCAGCCUUUAAAAGUCAACUGUUCGGCUCAUCUGGCCAUGAGUCAGAUGGACCUCCUGGCCCGGCUGCUGAGGGACCUGGGCACCGGGAGCACGGGCUUCACAGUGGACAGUGUGAUGAAGUUUGCAGUGAGUGCCCUGGAGCACAGAGUGUAUGAGGUCCGAGAAACAGCAGUCAGAAUCAUUCUGGACAUGUACAGGCAGCACCAGGCUCUCACCCUGGAGUACCUUCCUCCGGAUGACAGCAGCACGCGCAGGAACAUCCUCUAUAAAACUAUUUUUGAGGGAUUUGCUAAAAUAGACGGCAGGCCCACGGAUGCUGAAGUGAAGGCACAGAAAAGAGCAGCCACAGAAGAAGCAGAAAAACAGAAGAAGGAAGAGAUCAAAGUUCUGCAGGGGCAGUUGGCCGCACUGCAGGAGACGCAGGCCCACGUCCAGGAGAAGGACAUCGAUACCGUGAGGCCCAAGAAUCAGGGAAGGAAAGCAGUCCCACCUGAGGAUCCGGAAAUUCCAGAUAACCACUACCUGGACAACCUCUGCAUUUUCUGUGGGGAGAGGAGCGAGUCCUUCACAGAAGAGGGCCUGGACCUGCACUACUGGAAGUACUGCCUCAUGCUGACCAGAUGCGACCACUGCAGACAGGUGGUAGAGAUCUCCAGCCUGACGGAGCACCUGCUGACAGAAUGUGACCAGAAAGACGGGUUUGGCAAAUGCCACCGCUGCAGCGAGGCCGUGCGGAAAGAAGAGCUGCCCAGGCACAUAAAGGCGAAGGAGUGCAACCCUGCCAAAUCAGAGAAGCUGGCCAACCGGUGUCCCUUGUGCCAUGAGAAUUUCACACCUGGAGAAGAGGCAUGGAAGGUGCACCUGAUGGGCCCUGCCGGCUGCACGAGGAACCUACGCAAGACACACAUCCUGCACAAGGCCCAGGCUGUGCUCCCAGGAGACACCAUAACUCCACCUCUGUCCACUGUGCUGACACCUCCAGGCUGGGAGACAUGGUCCCAGGCCUCUCAGGCCCAGCUGCUCAGGGAAAAGGCCUCGCAGGGACCAAGUCAGGCAGCUCAGGAGCCAAGUCUGGAAGCAAGAUCCCCACCCCAAAGGGAGGCCUGAGCAAAAGCUCCAGCAGGACACACACAAAGCGGUGACACGGGAUCUUCCGUGCCCUGUCCACCAGGGACUGGGCAACUGUUCCCAAACCAUUUCUCCUAAAACUCUUCUGGACGCACCCGCCCUGUCUCUGUCCCUGCUGCCCUAGGCCUCUCCUGUGCCAGCUCUCUGCUGUCCUACAAGUGAUGUAUGUGAAUCUGACCAAAGAGCCCCACCGUCGGGGCCCAGCCGCCCUGCGUGCUGAGCUCCAGUCCUGAUUUCUAUUAGGACAGAGGCACAUGGGCCAGAAGCCACUGCUCGGGGAAGAUCGGCACACGGAGCAUAUUCCUCCUUGCUGCCUGGAAAAGUCACCGAAGCCUUUGGCACAUGAGUCCUCGUUGCACAUGGCAGACUGUGCAGGGCACGAGCUCACUACAGUGCCCCAUGGCCCUGGGAGGGCAGAGUUCAGAACAAGCAUCUGACUGUGCCUUUCCUCAAGCCCAUCAGUCUCCACUCAGCCCACGUAGUCACAGGGAAGCAAGGCCAGUGUCUGCAGGACUGUGUCCACUGUGACAGGAAGAAAUGGUUAAGAAGAAAACCUGGAAAGCAGAUCCUGAAAUGACCCCGUCAGCACAUGCCCUGCUCCUGGCUUGCUUCCUGCCACAGGCUGGUCAUGCCUUUGCCUGAGGCUGCAGCUGCUCUGCACUGGCAGUGUCUGAGGAAGGAGUGUGGAGUGACUUCCCAGUGACCCUGCACUCACCUGGCCACAGGACGCCCGUCUCCAAACCUGUUUUGUUUCUGCCUGCAGCAUCUUCCACGUCUGCUGACCCACCAGAAGCAUCCCAUGUAUUCCGCAGGCCCAGCCCCUCGGCCAGGUCUGUCCUCCAUCCUUCCUUGCCAUACUGUACCUGGGACCACAAGUCCACCUGUUUCCAGCAGUUCACACAAAAGCGCUGCUCAGGAGAUGACACAGCCCUCAGAAGCAGCCUCCUCCAUAGCUCCUCCACCCUCCCCACAGGAGGCCUAGGCUUCCUUGUUAGACCUGCUAUUUCCCACAGCUGCGUGGAGAGGCCCAGGACCAUCUGGAACCUGCCGGAAAAGCCCCAGAACAUCCUCACCUCAUUGUACUGUCUCUGCACCCAGGUGCCCAGUCCACCAGUGGCCAAGGUUGUGCUUGCUCCCUGAGGCCACACAGCAGGCUUUCAGAAUGCCACUUAGGAGUGUUUGGACUGAGGAAAUGAGUAUGGUUUGAUUAGUGUAUGAGUGUUUUUAAUUCCCAACCAUGUGAAACCACAAAAGGUAUGGUAACCAACAGCCUCAUGAGCCCCGACUCCUGGGUGUGUUAAUAACCAUUAAUCACUUCAGUUCCCAAAUUAGUACCUCCAUUAGGGUUGUCUCGGAGUACUGGGUGAGAACAAGGCCUACCUAUUAGACAUCUUUCAGGUGUGGGAGAAAGAACGUAAACCGUGUGGGACACGGCACAGCAUGGAUGCCAGGACGUCCGACAUGCUCCUUCACUUCCAACAUGGCGGCCGUGGUUUCUAACUGCCGCCCCCCCCCAAGUACAGGUGAGACACUUCUUUAAGUAAAUUGAGAAAAGUUAACCAAGGAAUUAUUCUUUUCUCUUUGAACAAAACUUCAGAAAGAUACAUGUAAUGUUUUCUGCUCUAACUUGAAGAUAUUUGUAAAAAUACUUCAUUUUUAGUGAUUGAUCAACAAAAUUGGGCUCCUCCUCUGCUCUUUUGCUGGCGACAGAAGAAUCAUGUGCUUUGCUGAAAUCCUAGCAGUGAGGAGUGGCCACUGAAGUUUUCACACAGUUACACACUAUCCAGGGUCCAGGAAUAAAGGGAGAAAAUAUAAAUGGAACCACAAGAUCCCUCAGCCAUUCAUAAAUAAAUAUCUAAAUUCAGAAUACUAAUUAAUAAUUGAAUUUUCAUUUAUGAAUAGGUUCUGGAUAUUUAAUUGUAUUUAUUAUUUUCUAUUUCAGGAUAUUAAUAUAAUUUAAAAAUUUUAAAUUGUACCUAUAAAUUUCACAUUAGAAAUGUAAAUACUUUUAAUGAAAAUUUGCAACUUUUUAAUGUUUUAACAGUUUUCUAUUUGUCUUUAUUUCAGGUACCAGAAUUAUAAAAUAAAUAAUAUAUUUUUUGUUAUUAUUUUAGGGCUUAAGGGUUAAUUCACCUUGAGUAUAUUAAUAAAAAGAUCACUAAGU